CAUGGACGGCAACGUACCCUCGACCCCCAGGGGGUCCUUAAAGUUACUGGAGCACCUCUCCGGAGCCGGCAAAGCCAUCGGCGUGCUGACCAGCGGCGGGGAUGCCCAAGGUAUGAACGCUGCUGUCCGCGCCGUGGUCCGCAUGGGGAUAUAUGUGGGCGCCAGGGUGUACUUCAUCUACGAGGGUUACCAAGGCAUGGUAGAUGGAGGUCCCAAUAUUGUGGAAGCAGACUGGGAGAGCGUCUCCAGCAUCCUGCAAGUGGGCGGGACGAUUAUCGGUAGCGCACGAUGUAAAGCCUUCCGCACGCGGGAAGGCCGCUUAAAAGCUGCUCAUAACCUGGUCCAGCUGGGCAUCACCAACCUGUGUGUGAUCGGCGGGGACGGGAGCCUCACCGGGGCCAACAUCUUCCGGAAGGAGUGGAGCGGGCUGCUGGAGGAGCUGGCGCAGAGCGGCAAGAUUGACGAGGAGGCCGUGCAGAAGCACGCGUAUCUCAAUGUGGUGGGCAUGGUGGGCUCCAUCGACAACGACUUCUGUGGCACAGACAUGACCAUCGGCACGGACUCGGCUCUGCAUAGGAUCAUUGAGGUCGUCGACGCCAUCAUGACCACGGCCCAGAGCCACCAGCGGACCUUCGUUCUUGAGGUGAUGGGACGACACUGUGGGUACCUGGCCCUGGUGAGCGCCUUGGCCUGCGGGGCAGACUGGGUGUUCCUUCCGGAGUCUCCCCCCGAAGAGGGUUGGGAGGAGCACAUGUGUAUCAAACUCUCAGAGAACCGUGCCAGAAAAAAAAGGCUGAACAUCAUCAUUGUGGCAGAAGGAGCAAUUGAUACCCAAAACAGACCUAUCACCUCUGAGAAAAUCAAGGAGCUCGUGGUGACACAGCUGGGCUAUGACACACGGGUAACCAUUCUUGGACACGUGCAACGAGGAGGGACCCCCUCGGCAUUUGACAGGAUCUUGGCCAGUCGCAUGGGGGUGGAGGCCGUCGUCGCUCUGCUGGAGGCCACCCCCGAGACCCCGGCGUGCGUUGUGUCGCUGAGUGGGAACCAUGCGGUGCGCCUGCCCCUGGUGGAGUGCGUGCAGAUGACUCAGGAUGUACAAAAGGCGAUGGACGAGGGAAGAUUUAAAGAUGCUGUACAACUCCGGGGGAGGAGCUUUGAGAGUAACCUGAACACCUACAAGCGCCUUGCCAUCAAGCUGCCGGAUGGGCAGAUCCCAAAGAGCAACUGCAAUGUGGCCAUCAUCAACGUGGGGGCGCCCGCAGCUGGAAUGAACGCAGCUGUGCGCUCGGCCGUGCGCAUGGGCAUUGCCGAUGGCCAUAGGAUGCUCGCUAUCUACGACGGCUUCGAUGGCUUGGCCAAAGGCCAGAUCAAAGAAAUCAGCUGGGCAGAUGUUGGAGGCUGGACUGGCCAAGGAGGGUCCAUUCUUGGGACAAAACGUAUUCUCCCAGGAAAGUAUUUGGAGAAGAUCGCGGCCCAGAUGCGUGUGCAUAACAUCAAUGCCCUGUUGAUUAUUGGUGGAUUUGAGGCCUACCUGGGACUCCUGGAGCUGUCGGCUGCCCGGGAGAGACAUGAGGAGUUCUGUGUCCCUAUGGUUAUGGUUCCUGCCACUGUCUCCAACAAUGUGCCCGGUUCUGAUUUCAGCAUCGGGGCAGACACAGCUCUGAACACGAUCACUGAUACGUGUGACCGCAUCAAGCAGUCGGCCAGCGGGACCAAGCGCCGCGUGUUCAUCAUCGAGACCAUGGGGGGCUACUGUGGCUACCUGGCCAACAUGGGAGGGCUCGCAGCUGGCGCAGACGCUGCCUACAUUUUUGAAGAGCCAUUUGAUAUCAGGGACCUGCAGUCCAAUGUAGAACACCUGACGGAGAAAAUGAAGACCACCAUUCAGAGGGGUCUUGUGCUCAGAAACGAGAGCUGCAGUGAAAAUUACACCACCGACUUCAUUUACCAGCUCUAUUCGGAGGAGGGUAAAGGGGUGUUCGACUGCAGGAAGAACGUGCUGGGCCACAUGCAGCAGGGCGGAGCACCCUCUCCUUUUGAUAGAAACUUCGGGACCAAAAUCUCAGCCAGAGCUAUGCAGUGGAUCACCACAAAGCUGAAGGAGUCCCAGGGGAAAGGAAGAAAAUUUGUUACUGAUGAUUCCAUUUGUGUGCUGGGGAUAAGCAAAAGAAACCUCCUUUUUCAACCUGUGACAGAGCUGAAGAAGGAGACAGAUUUUGAGCACAGAAUUCCCAAAGAACAGUGGUGGCUCAAACUGCGGCCUCUCAUGAAAAUCCUGGCCAAAUACAAGACAAGCUACGACGUGUCCGACUCUGGCCAGCUGGAGCACCUGCAUCACCCCCGCAGCUCCCACGGGGAGCCUGCCGCCAUCUGAACUGCAUGCGCUGCUCGCCCACCCCCACACAUUCAUCCAGUGAGGCCUGAAACCUACCGCGGACCGUCCUGUUUUGUAACACUUAAGUUAUUUAUCAGCACUUUACGCAAGCAUUGACAUUCAGACCUAAUAAAGCACUGGUCACCAACAUUGUUCUGAUCCCAGUCAGGUCCUAAGAGAUUGUCUACUGUUCCUCGAUCUAUGCUUUAAAAUGUGUGUGUCUACUAGAAUUAAACAUUUGGCUGAAACUCCCAA